AUGCCACUCCUCAUCGCUCAGACGUUAGGCUGGCGAGACGGGGAUCGGCUGACAAUUUCGUUGAAUGCCCCGUUGCCUCCGCCACCCUGUCCAUUUCCAGCCGAAACACGACGUUUUUGGCCAACCUUCCAGUGGGCGGACAACCCCUGGAUACGGGAUGGUACCGGAAACAAACUGACACAGCGCAGAUAUGACCGAAUUCGGUCAUGUGCGCUGGCCGACUUGGAGACCGAGCGGACGGGACCUGGAGUGUACUCGUUUAGAGUCCCUUUGGCUCCAGGGGCGCCGGCUCAUCACUCGGAUCGGAAACUAAUGCGCUGGGCGCUCGCGAUUGUUUUCGGUAGCCCGACGUUACGCAUAGCUGAGAAAUGCGAGGUGCAGAGUGCAGUUACCCUCCGGCAGCAGCCGGAGCUCAGGGUGCCGUAUAGCUGGUUCGUGAUGGAUGACGGGACAGUUCACGGGGUGUCGACCCUAUCAACGGGUCUCACACAGGGGACAAUAGUCCUGCAUCGGCAGCCAGACGGCUUCCACUGGACGAUAGCCGAGACGUCGGUAACCUACUCGGACGGCUGGUCGGAUAUAAAGGUCCUCCACCAAGCUCAACGGGACAAUGGCCUCGUCGUAGCGGCACAUCCCGCCAUCCACGGUUUUCCGUGGGUAGUUCCUGACGCUUUAUCGAAUCUCCAAGCGCUAUGUCAUCUGAAAAGACAACCCUACCAGCGAGUUGAAGGGGACUAUGGGAAAGGGCUUAAUGGUGUUCUCCUCCGGUUACAGCAAUCGGCGGAACGCAACGAAAGAUACUGUGCGGCCCUCAAUCAGACACCGAGAGAGUUUUGGCGCCACCGCAACGCGAUCACCGAGUAUCAAGUGUGGUUUUACUACCGAAUGGCGCUGCAUCAGCUCAAUUUAUAUAGCCCAGGUCGGGGAGCUAAAUAA